GCCUUGCCGUAGCCCGCCCCGCCGCAUCAGCCAAGUCCCCUCCCGCGCGGCACCGCUCCGCACCAACAUUCCUGGAGAAAAGAAAAAAGAGGGGGGGGGGGGGGGGGGGGAGUCCGCGUCCGUCGCAGGAACUGAAGCGGCGCGGCAACCGCCAGAACCCGGGUAUCAAACUUCUAGGACAUUGUAAGGGAUACUGAAAUGGGUGCCAAAGAGAACGGGGAAGAGAGAGAUGACCAUUCAAGCGAUGUGGAACGAGAUGGUAAACAAGGGAAGGAAACUGAAUCAGACUAUGAACCGGCUAGAGAUUCCCUAUCAUAUCAAGGUGAGGCUACCAGCUACGAAGAUACUAAAGUGAAAAGAGUCUCAAGGGUUCCAAAGAAGCUAGCAAAGAAAGAGUCAAAGGAAAACAGCCCACGGUCGGCUAGAAGUAAUUCCAAUCGUCAAAUCCACACAAAGCUACAAUAUAUAUCGUCGAACAAUACUCAGAACAAAUCUCCAAAACAAAACAAAGCGGCUAAUGGUGCUAAAACUGUUGAGGUGAAGAAGCCGGAGCCGGUGAAAGCUCCUUCUUGUUCUUCAUCUGAGGUGUCUGAGGAAACAGAUGAUAAAACUAUUGAGGGUAGAGCCACAGUUGAUAAAGCUGUUGAGGGCACAGCCAAGGAUGAUAGGGCCUUUGAGGACAGAAGCAAGGAUGAGAAGGCCAGUGAGAACAGAACCAAGGAUGAUAAGGCCAUUGAGGACAGAACCAAGGAUGAAAAGGCCAUUGAAGGUAUAAUAACUGAUGAUAAACCCAUAGAGAGCAAAGUAAUCGAUGAUGAGGUCAUUGAGGGCAGAGAGACUGAUGAUAAAACUGUUGAAGAGGCAAAGGAGAUCGAUGUAUUGGAUGAAGCUCCAAAAUGUGAUCAGAGUACUGGUACUGACGAUGAAAUUGCUGAUACGGAAGAAACAAAAGUUGACGAUGGAAAAUCAAUUGCUUAUGAAAAGAAUGGUGAAUUUGAUUCAAAAAUUGAGAAGUUUGAGCAGGAGCUACGUGAAGUUGCUGCGCUCGAGGUUUCUCUCUACUCUGUAGUGCCAGAGCACGGUUGUUCAUCGCAUAAGUUGCAUACACCAGCUCGCCGUCUGUCUAGGCUGUAUAUUCAUGCAUCAAAGUUUUGGUCCUCAGAUAAGAAAUCAUCUGUUGCGAAAAAUUCUGUCUCUGGGCUUGUGCUUGUUGCAAAGUCUUGUGGCAAUGAUGUUUCAAGGUUGACAUUCUGGCUAUCAAACACAGUUGUCCUAAGAGAAAUCAUUGCACAAACCUUUGGCAUUUCACGAAAAAUAAGUCCAGUUAUGAAGGCUUUCGUCACAAACGGUAAUGCAAAGAAGCCUGACAGGAAUUUCACUCCAAUGCGAUGGAAAAGUAACUCCAAUGGCAAGCAUGAUAGACCCAAUAUCAUGCAGCUGCCAGAUGAUUGGCGGGAAACUGGCACACUCUUGGCUGCAUUGGAGAAGAUUGAAUCUUGGAUCUUUUCUCGGAUUGUCGAGUCUGUGUGGUGGCAGGCAAUGACACCUCACAUGCAAACCCCAGUGGAAGAUUUAUCAACUCCAAAGAUCGGGAGGUUGUUAGGGCCUUCUUUGGGAGAUCAGCAACAUGGGAAUUUUCCUAUUGAUCUCUGGAAAAAUGUAUUUCGGGAUGCCUUCAGCAGAAUCUGUCCUCUUCGUGCUGGUGGACACGAGUGCGGAUGCUUACCAGUAUUGGCAAAAUUGGUGAUGGAGCACUGUGUAGCCCGUUUAGACGUUGCUAUGUUUAAUGCCAUCCUUCGUGAAUCGGCGAAUGAGAUACCUUCUGAUCCUAUAUCUGACCCAAUCAUGGACUCAAGAGUUCUGCCGAUUCCUGCUGGGGACUUAAGAUUUGGAUCAGGCGCACGGCUGAAGAACUCUGUUGGGAAUUGGUCGAAAUGGUUGACAUAUACGUUUGGCAUGGAUAUUGCUGAAUCUGAAAAGGAUGGUCAAGAUGAAGAAGAUAAUGGCGAUGACAGAAGAGAUGCAGCUGAAUCAAAUUGUUUUAAGUUACUCAAUGAGCUGAGUGAUCUCCUGAUGCUCCCGAAGGAUAUGCUUCUCGAAAAAUCCAUCAGGAAAGAGGUAUGCCCUUCCAUUGGCCUUCCACUAGUAACAAGAAUACUCUGCAACUUCACUCCGGACGAGUUCUGCCCUGAUCCUGUUCCUGGCACGGUUCUUGAGGAGCUGAAUUCUGAGAGCUUGCUGGAGCGCUUCACAGAGAAAGAUGUGAUCAGCACGUUCCCAGUUAUUGCUGCUCCAGUUGUGUACUGUCCCCCUUCACUGGAGGAUGUUGCGGAGAAAGUGGCAGGCACCGGUUGCGGCAAUUGUGAGUUGGAUCGGAGGGCCUCAAUGGUGCAGAGAAGAGGGUACACCAGCGACGACGAUCUGGAUGAACUCUACUCCCCCCUGGCGUCUCUAUACAAUAAGAGCGCUCCCCCCUCGCCGUGCAACAACAACGGUGUUGCGCAUUUCAGCAGUCGGCAAGGAGUUUCCAUGGCGAAUGUCAGAUACGAGCUGCUGAGAGAAGUAUGGUCGGAGCGGCGGUGAUCGAGCAUCCUGUGAAGCCUCUUUGAUUUCUACCUUGUAGAAAGGGUGGGAUGACACUGAAGCUACUUCUUUGCAUGUUGCAAAACCGAUGCUGAAAGGUCAGGAGUGAUGGCCAAUGUUGCUUGCUUAGGUCCUUCAGAUUUCUUUAUGGCAAAAUGCUAGUACCUUUUUUUCUUGUAUAUUCGUUCCUCAUUGAGUCCGUGCAUUGGUUAUAUUUUUAGCAUACAUGAAAUUUGGAAGUGAAGGAAUAUAGCCCCUUCGUUAUCUUCCAUUGUAUGAUAGUGGUAUAUGACUGUUAUUCAACAUUGGUAUGGAUGUGAUGAUUAAAAAUUGGGAGAAGUAUCAUACUGGCACACAUUGCCGUUCAACCUUCA